AUGGCUGGCGGGGACGAGACGCUCGUGGCUGCGGCCGCAUUCAUCCAAGGUCUGGCCAGAGAUGUCCCUGGCACCAGUACCGUCAAUCCUUUCGAGAUCAAAUCCAACGGCUUCGAUGCGAAGAAGGUCAAGUUGCCGGGCGUUGCGGGCCCGGGCAAGCAGGCUCUCGAGAGGGAACUGGAGGCCUUGCUAAGCCGUGUAACCACGUUGCAGAACAGAGCGCGAAAGCCACGUCGGUCGCGACGCUUGUCGAAAAUUCUCGCCAAAAAAGAAGAGCAGGAUGAAGAUGAGGAUGACGAUGAGGACGAUGACAGCGAUGACGAGGAGCUCGAUCCAAGGACGCGAAUUGUGCGGGAAGAAGACAUCAGUUAUCUGAGGAACCACGUACAAAAACAAGCGGAGGAAAUCAGUUUUCAGAAGGACGUCAUUGCUCGGGUACGAGACGAAUUGCAGCAGCAAGAGGAACACACGAGACGGGCUUUGGUGAAGGUGGAGCACGAAGAUGUUGGAGUAUUGGAACGGGAGCUUCGUAAGCACCAACAAGCCAACGAAGCUUUCCAGAAAGCGUUGAGGGAGAUUGGGGGAAUCAUCACCCAGGUCGCCAACGGUGAUCUCUCCAUGAAGGUCCAGAUUCAUCCGUUGGAGAUGGACCCCGAAAUCGCCACUUUCAAACGUACGAUCAACACCAUGAUGGACCAGCUCCAGGUCUUUGGAAGCGAAGUGUCUCGAGUGGCCAGAGAGGUCGGAACGGAAGGUAUCCUUGGGGGACAAGCGCAGAUCACCGGGGUACAUGGUAUCUGGAAGGAACUCACGGAAAACGUCAACAUUAUGGCUACGAAUCUCACCGACCAGGUGCGCGAGAUCGCUACGGUCACAACCGCCGUCGCUCAUGGUGAUCUGAGCCAGAAGAUUGAGAGUCGAGCCAAGGGUGAGAUCCUGGAACUACAGCAGACGAUCAACACCAUGGUGGACCAACUACGCACUUUUGCUACCGAAGUCACCCGGGUCGCGCGUGAUGUCGGCACAGAGGGUGUUCUCGGUGGGCAGGCUCAGAUCGAAGGGGUACAAGGCAUGUGGAAUGAGCUUACGGUUAAUGUCAACGCUAUGGCCAUGAAUUUGACAACCCAGGUGCGGGAUAUCGCCACGGUCACCAAGGCUGUCGCCAAGGGUGACUUGACGCAGAAGGUCCAGGCCAACUGCAAGGGAGAAAUCCUUGAGCUGAAGAACAUCAUCAACUCCAUGGUGGACCAACUGAAGCAGUUUGCGCAGGAAGUGACCAAGAUCGCCAAGGAGGUCGGCACUGAUGGUGUCCUGGGCGGUCAAGCAACGGUUCAUGAUGUCGAAGGCACCUGGAAAGAUCUGACGGAGAACGUGAAUAGGAUGGCCAAUAAUCUCACGACACAAGUGCGCGAAAUCGCAGACGUUACAACGGCAGUGGCCAAGGGUGACCUGACCAAGAAAGUAACGGCCAACGUCAAGGGUGAGAUACUAGAUCUCAAGAACACUAUAAACGGGAUGGUGGACCGUCUGAAUACAUUCGCAUUUGAAGUGAGCAAGGUCGCUCGUGAAGUCGGUACCGAUGGAACACUGGGUGGUCAAGCCAAGGUGGAUAAUGUGGAAGGAAAAUGGAAAGAUCUCACCGACAAUGUGAACACGAUGGCGCAGAACCUGACCUCUCAGGUCAGGGGAAUCUCCGACGUUACACAGGCCAUUGCCAAGGGCGACCUUAGCAAGAAGAUUGAGGUCCAUGCCCAGGGAGAAAUACUCACCCUCAAGGUCACCAUCAAUAACAUGGUGGACCGCCUGGCGAAAUUCGCACACGAGCUCAAGCGUGUCGCCCGCGAUGUGGGUGUGGAUGGCAAGAUGGGCGGACAAGCCAACGUGGAAGGAAUUGCUGGUAGAUGGAAGGAGAUCACAGAGGACGUCAAUACGAUGGCAGAAAACCUGACGUCCCAAGUGCGCGCCUUUGGCGAAAUCACAGAUGCGGCGACGGACGGCGACUUCACGAAGCUGAUUACGGUCAACGCAUCGGGCGAGAUGGAUGAGCUGAAGCGCAAGAUCAACAAGAUGGUUUCCAACCUUCGAGACAGUAUCCAGCGUAACACCGCUGCUAGGGAAGCUGCCGAGUUGGCCAACCGUACGAAAUCAGAAUUCCUCGCCAACAUGAGUCACGAGAUCCGGACGCCCAUGAACGGCAUUAUCGGUAUGACGCAGUUGACGCUCGACACGGAUGAUCUGAAGCCAUAUCCCCGAGAGAUGUUGAAUGUCGUGCACAACCUGGCCAACAGUUUACUAACGAUCAUCGACGACAUACUCGAUAUCUCGAAGAUCGAAGCAAACCGUAUGGUGAUUGAGAGUAUCCCCUUCACCGUAAGGGGCACGGUCUUCAAUGCAUUGAAGACGUUGGCAGUGAAAGCAAACGAGAAGUUCCUCAGCCUAGCCUACCAGGUUGACAGUUCGGUCCCUGACUAUGUUAUUGGUGAUCCCUUCCGUCUACGACAGAUCAUUCUCAACUUGGUGGGCAAUGCCAUCAAGUUCACGGAACAUGGUGAGGUCAAGCUCACGAUUAGCAAAUCUGAGCGAGAACAAUGUGCGGCGGACGAAUACGCAUUUGAAUUCUCCGUAUCAGAUACUGGUAUCGGUAUCGAGGAGGAUAAGCUCGACCUAAUUUUCGAUACCUUCCAGCAAGCUGAUGGCUCCACGACUCGCAGAUUCGGUGGUACCGGACUGGGUCUAUCCAUCUCUAAGCGUCUGGUAAACCUUAUGGGCGGUGACGUCUGGGUCACUUCGGAAUAUGGCCACGGCAGCACUUUCCACUUCACCUGUGUCGUGAAGCUGGCUAACCAGUCUCUGAGCGUCAUCGGCUCCCAGCUGCUGCCCUACAAGAACCAUCGGGUAUUGUUUAUCGACAAAGGGCACACCGGUCCCCAUGCGGAUGAUAUCACCCGUAUGCUCAAGCAGAUUGAGCUGGAGCCCUUGGUGGUCAACAGCGAAGAGGAGGUCCCGCCGCCGGAGAUCCAGGAUCCAUCCGGAAAGGAGUCGGGCCAUGCGUACGACGUUAUCAUCGUCGACACCGUGGAGACAGCUCAGAACCUACGUACGUUUGACGAAUUCAAAUACAUUCCUAUCGUUUUGGUGUGCCCUAUCGUGUCGGUCAGCCUGAAGUCGGCGCUCGAUUUGGGUAUCACUUCCUACAUGACGACGCCAUGCCAGCCCAUCGACCUGGGUAACGGAAUGCUACCUGCUCUGGAGGGUCGUUCCACUCCGAUCACCACGGACCACUCGCGAUCUUUCGACAUCCUACUCGCCGAAGAUAACGACGUUAACCAAAAACUGGCUGUCAAGAUCUUAGAGAAACACAACCACAAUGUGACCGUUGUCAGCAACGGUGCAGAGGCAUUGGAGGCCAUCAAGAACCGGCGGUUCGACGUGAUUCUCAUGGACGUGCAGAUGCCAGUUAUGGGAGGAUUUGAAGCCACGGGCAAGAUCCGAGAAUACGAGAGGGAGAAGGGUCUCUCUCGAACUCCUAUCAUUGCCCUCACAGCACACGCCAUGUUGGGUGACCGCGAGAAGUGUAUCCAAGCCCAGAUGGACGAGUACUUAUCGAAGCCGCUUAAGCAGAACCAGAUGAUGCAGACUAUCCUGAAGUGCGCAACGCUCGGGGGAUCCCUGCUCGAGAAGAGCAAAGAGCCACGGUUAGGGAGCAGUGGCGAGAUGCAUCCUUCUAUCAACAAUCCUAAUCGUCCUUCAUCGGAUGGGAAAGGCAGACCUAGCCUUGAGUCCCGGUCCAUCACUACUUCGGGACCCAUCAAUCGUGGUAGCUUGGAGAGUCCAACCACGGAGAAGGACCAAGAUGAACAGACGGAACGAGUAAGCUCUCGCCGAGUUCAACGUUAA